AUGCGCGCCUCUAAUGCACUGCUUCUGAGUUUCGUGGUGGCCUUCAUUGUCGUUCCUAGUCGAGCAGGCAAGCGCACGCUGAUCCUGCAAAGUCCAGCUGUGAGCACGGAAACCAACGAUACCAUUGCAGGCUCCCCCCUCAUUGCCACCGUCCCCAACAACGCCCUCAACACCUUUGCCACCCUUGCCGCCUUUCGGUUCAACACCUUUGAUCUGAGCCGUCAGGCCAUCAUCUCACAUGCAGCGUUUGAGCUGGCUGCCCCAGCCAACACGGGCAGCCUUGGCAACUGCUCCAUCCGUAUUGCCUUUGCCACCGCCAACGCGAGCACCGUCCUGACCACCGCCGACCGAGACCUCACCGCACGCGGCACCGAGGUCUACUGGAAGCCCUCAGAUUUCGGCUCGCUCGAGGUCCAGACCUACGCCACCCCAUCUCUGCGUCGCGCUUUGCGGGCCUUUCUCAAGCAAGACAACUGGAACCCUGGCGAUUCGAUCUUAAUCUUGCUUGGCGAUGGAGACGAUGCUGCCGAGCGCUCGGGCAACUAUCGCUCCUUCUACACGGGUCAGAGUGGCUCCACGAGCCCCCAGUUCAAGAUCCAAUACAUUGAACUCAAAGCCAGUCAUCCAGAACUGGAAUCGUUUCGCAAAGCCUGCAACUGGUUUGCGAGCGAGGCUGGCGUUGCCUUUGUGGGUGCUGCAGGCCGAGAAACUGCCAUCGGUCUGAAAGCUUUGUCCAAGAAAAGCCAUGCAGAUCUGUUUGGGGGCCCACGUAGCUCCAAGCGUGUCCGACAAGAGCUCAUUACCGAAUUUGAUGAUUGGUGUCUCAGCUCCAAGCAGGUGGCCGUCAAGGCUUGCUCCAUGCCCCCUGGCUCACCCGAGUACUCCAACUUUGUUAUUGCAGCCCGAAUCAUGCGGGCCUACGCCGUACCGCAUCACAUGAAUGUGCUGCGUUUCCUUGGUCUCUGCUGGGACUCGGAGACCCUCAUGGUUGUCACCGAGUUUUGCUCACGCGGCUCGCUUCAGCACGUGCUUCGUAACGCUCGGCCCAGUCAAGGCCAAGAUUCGCCCCACCUGAACCUUCUGGACCGCAUCAAGAUGGCAGCAGAUGUUGCUCGUGGCAUGGCCUACUUGGCAAAUCAAGAGUUUGUGCACCGGGAUCUCUGCGCCAGAAACUGUCUGGUUCAUGAAAAUAUGACUGCCAAAAUCAGCGGCUUUGACGCUUCGACCAUGGUGAACCAAAGCCCCAUGGACAUGCAAAAUGGACAGAACAUCCUGAACGUGCGCUGGAUGGCGCCUCAGGUGCUGACCGAAGCGCGGUUUAGUAACAAAUCUGACGUCUGGUCGUUUGGCGUGCUGUUGUUUGAAUGCAUGACCUUUGCAAGCAAGCCCUAUGCAGAUCUCUCCAACGGUGACGUAUGUCACCAGCGUGGCUUCAAGCUCACUCGAUCGGCUUGGGGCACGGGCAUGUCUAGUUACCGCAUCAUGCGCAGCUGCUGGCACAUGGGCCCUAGCUCACGACCGGACUUUGAAGAUCUGCUGUCGGCUUUGAGCGAGGAGCUGCGCGGCUUUCAGGAGCGAGGUAUUCAAGCAGAAGAUUUCCAGGAUGCUGGUGACCACCGCCUCAGCCAAGCGAGUUCGCGCUCAGGGUCCAAGCCCAAGCUGGUGCCGCGACCAUCGCAGUUUAUCAUGUCGCAUAGCUCGACCAAUGUACACCCAAGUCUGAUGCAGGCGCAGGCCAUGUCGCGAGCACACUCAAAGCAAAGUCUGGUGUCUCAGCACGGGCAUGGUCGCAGUCUGCGCUCAGCUCACUCCACUCACUCCAAUUCGACCACCAUGACGGCGAUUCAUCACGGAGGCUCAGAAUUGGCUGACCUCUCAGAGUCACCCAUUCCCGAGCAGCUCUUGAACAAGGUGCGAAAUAAAAUUUGA